AUGCUUCGCACAUCUUUGAGCUUUCUGUUGUGUAUAGCAACCUGGUCCAGUGAUCUGGGUGAGUAUUUAUCGAUCCACUGGAGUGAUUCUGCUGCUGAUGCUGAUGCUAAUUCUGAUAUUGAUGCUGAUGCUGAUGCUAAUUCUGAUAUUGAUGCUGAUGCUGAUGCUGAUGGUGUUGAUGAACGACUCGUCGUUUUUUCCUUCUCUUUGAACGAGUCAGUCAAGUGUGAUAUCUUCCUCCUCUUCCUCUGUGCUUCCUUCAUCAGAUAUCUCCUCUUUACCGGCGAUUCGAACGUGGAACCCCAUGGAAAGAAACACAGGAAGGAGUCAUUGUAUGGACACAUUAAGCCGGUUGAGUGGACAAUGAGCACUCCAAGUUACUUCUGCGAUGGUGUACCUGUUUUUACCCCAUCGAUCGAGGAGUUCAGUGACUUUUACGGCUAUAUGAAGGCCAUCAACAGCUAUGGAAUGGCUGCUGGUAUUGUCAAGGUUAUACCACCUGCUGAGUGGGUUGAAGCUCUUCCGGAGAUUAGUGAAGAGAAGCUGAGGUCCAUCAAGAUCAAGAACCCCAUUAUUCAGCAUUUUAACGGGUCCAAUGGGGUGUUCGCGUCGCAGAACAUUGAGAGGCCACGGACGUAUAACAUCGUGCAAUGGAAGGCCUUGAGCGAGGCCUCAAGCAACCAGCCGCCUGCUCCACGGGGUAAACUGAGGAAAUCUGUUGAUGGCGAGACCCAGAGAUGGAACAGCAAGGUGAUUAACGGCAAGGUUGACGAGGAUUCCAUGUUCGAGUCGUUUGAGUACAACAUUGACGUUUCUGAGUUCACGCCGGAGAGGUGUGAACAGUUGGAGAGAGUGUACUGGAAGAGCUUGAUCUUUGCGGACCCAAUGUACGGUGCAGACAUGCUGGGGUCGAUCUUUGACGAUAGCGUGAAGCAUUGGAACGUUGCACGUUUACCCAACGUUUUAGACCAUUUGGAGGAGAAACUACCGGGAGUUAACGAUGCCUACUUAUACGCUGGGCUGUGGAAGGCCUCAUUCUCCUGGCACUUGGAGGACCAGGACCUGUACUCGAUAAACUACUUGCACUUCGGUGCUCCUAAGCAGUGGUACUCGAUUCCGAGGGUGUACAAGGAUAAAUUUGACGUUUUGAUGAGAGAACUGUUCCCAGAGGACUCUUCACGAUGUCCAGACUUCCUGAGACAUAAGACAUUCUUAGCAUCACCAAGUUUUUUGGAAUCAAAGGGUAUAAAAGUUAACAAGAUUGUUCAUCACCAAGGUGAAUUCAUGAUAACUUACCCGUAUGGAUAUCAUGCCGGCAUGAACUACGGUUAUAACUUGGCUGAAUCUGUUAACUUUGCCACGGAUGAUUGGUUUGAAUAUGGGCUGAAAACUACCAAGUGCCUGUGCAUCAGUGACUCUGUGGGGAUUGACGUGCCGAAGUUGAUAAGGAGGUUUAAAGGUGAAGCUGAACCCGAGAUUGAAUCGGAGUGUGACCACGUUGUGGAAAGCGAUGAGACACCAAUUACCUCUGAAGAUGAGCACGUUCCAACUCCAGUUAUCAAGCUGGUGACACCUUCAACUGCUGACUCCAAGUCUAAGGCUUCGAACGAUGCUCUGGCUGUGAAGACAAAGAGAAAGAGGAAAGCAUCCACAUCGUCGUCGUCAUCUCCCGUUGUUCUCAAGAGAAGAAGUACACAAGUGCUUCAGUGCCAAUUAUGUCCACAUACUCUACCACAGAGCUCUAUCGAAGAUAACAGCAUGUUCACACUUGUACCCAUAGUUGAAUCAUUGGAGAAUGGCGAUGCCGAGACCAUACAGUUCUGCCAUGCCAUCUGUGCGUAUCUAUUACCAGAAACGUCAAUACAAGUGGAUGGCUCCAAUCAAGUGGUUCUCGGGAUGUCAGAGGUCUCCAAUGCGAGAAGAUCCUUGAAAUGUCUCUACUGCCAUUCUAAGAAAGGUGGACAGAUCUCCAAUGGAUAUCAACAGCAGGUUUGUUGA